AUGUCAGGCCUUGAGCCUUUUAUCCCGCUUGCUUGGGGCGCGCUGAGGUUGACCGCGAGCCUUGUCACGGCUGGGUUCAAGAAACUGGUUGGUGUUGAGGACGAGAGCGACGCGCUUGUCGAAUGGUCAGGAGAUGUCGUCCUGAAGGCUCGGGACACAUCGCGCCGAACCCAACAGAAAGGUUCUGAUGCUGCAGCAAGAGCUGUGGAGCAGCACAGAGAAGAGACUGCUCUUAUUUGUGGCGGGUGAAAAAAUUGUGAAAUCGUACACAUUCAUACACGUGACAACACCGAGACUCUUGAUGGAAUCGUGUGCGUUGAGUGGCAUGAGGGGCCAAUAUACCCACCCCUUUGGUUUUGGGCUCAGCGCUUUCCCGACAGAAAAGCAGCAGGUGCCAGCUACCCAGUGGUGUGAGUUGUUAUGAAAGUUGGAAAAAAAUAAGUGGCUCAAUUCUGUAUCUCCAGCCGUCUCUCGCUGUCAGUUUUUCACGAUUUGCGGCUCUACCUAGGACACCAUGGAAUAUGAUUUUUUUCUGGUGUGCCACAUAGACGAGUAGAGGGAAAGAUGUGCGUGUUCAGCGGGCUGCAAGCCCUCGUGCGUGGCCUAUUUUUUUCCUGGUAUGCAAUAGCUUCGA